AUGGACGCCUGUGCCGAUAGAAAAAGCUUGAGCUCUCUUCACAGCUCUUAGCAGAGAUCCGCAGCGGCAGAAAGUGUUGCCUUGGAUAAUAAAUCAGGCUGUGCGCAGGCUUCUUGCUAAUCUCUAACAGUCUUUAAUGAGUAGAAAAACAUCAUAAAUCAGUCCCGGCGAGAGAGCAGGCAUCCUUCUCGCCUCUCAGCCAAAAACGAAAGUAAAUCACACACAAAGAAAGAUUCCCGUAUGUGAACAUAACCACGCCUCAGAAUGUGAGACGUCACACAGAACUGUUUAACCCUGUAAGUUCUGAUUCUCCUCACAUGAUCAGGCACUCCCAUUUCUUUAAAAACUUGCCAUAGUUUGCUGUGGUUGACACAGUCAAAGGCUUUUGCAUAGUCAAUGAAGCAGAAGUAGAUGUUUUUAUGGAACUCCCUAGCUUUCUCCAUAAUCCAGCAUGUUUGCAAUUUGGUCUCUGGUUCCUCUGCCCCUUCGAAAUCCAGCUUGCACUUCUGGGAGUUCUCAAUCCACAUACUGCUUAAGCCUGCCUUGUAGAAUUUUAAGCAUAACCUUGCAAGCGUGUGAAAUGAGCGCAAUUGUGCGGUAGUUGGAGCAUUCUUUGGCACUGCCCUUCUUUGGGAUUGGGAUGUAGACUGACCUUCUCCAAUCCUCUGGCCACUGCUGAGUUUUCCAAAGAUGCUGGCAUAUUGAGUGUAGCACCUUACAGCAUCAUCCUUUAAAAUUUUGGUUUUCAGGGAAGAAGCAGCCCUGGAAAAUAAGGCAGGAAUUCACAUUGAAUCUUGCUAACAAAAUCCUUUCAUAGCUUUUUGUGAGGGUGUGGCUGCUAAUCUUAAAGCCAGGAUGAGCACUAAGAAUUGGGCAUCAUUUCCUCUGUUAUAAAAAAUAAAACAAAAUACUUGUUCUGCUUCUAAAGAAACCCUUUGGAAUGCAUUCUUAUUCUUUUUUCAUAAAAAAAAACCAAACAGCUGUGCAAAGGUGCUUCUGUGCAAUGCAAUGUCAGAAUAACAAAAUAAUGAAACAUCUCACAAGAGCCUUGUUUUUUAAAUAUACAGCUAAAAAACCUUAAAGCUCCUACAACACUUUUCAAAUACAAAUCUAAUAGCAGGGACUAGGAGGCAACCUGAUAUUCAAGGCUUCACCCCCCCCCCAACUCUGAGCUUUUGGUUUCUCUUUAGACACUCAUCUGUGGUCGCCUGGAGCAUUUCAGGGAAAAGAGAGAUAACAUUCUGGCAUACAAAGCAGACAUAAUAAAAGAAAGUGACAACCUGUUUGUAAGUGUCAUUGUUACUUGGAAAGGAACAAGUGCUAUAAGUUUAAUGUACAUAUAAUGCUGUGCUUGAAUGCAUUGUAAUAAGAAUACUAUAAAGGGAAGUUUCUCUUCGACUUAGGCAAGAGGUUCCACUCUGACAGAAGCAUCAGAGGAGGCUGGAUCUUUCCUCAUAACUAGUCACUGGAGGCAUAAGCUGCAGAGCUCUCACGGAAGGAAGCUUAAACUUGCGAAGUCAGUGUGUUCUUGCUGGAGAUGGCUAGGAGAAGCAGCAGCAGCAGUUGCAAAUAAGUCAUGCAAUGUUGAAGAAGCUUAGGAUCUCCCUUUGUGACCAGAGAGAGGAAAGCUGACUGAAUUACAUAAAGGACUGAACAUUGUUUGCAACGUGCUACUUUAUCAUGCUUAUCUUAUUGUUAGACUGUUUAAGACUGUUCUGCAGUAAAGCUUCAAAACUUAUUUUUGUGAUGGAGAGAAUUCAUUUCCACACAAGGUCCAGAUCAGGAAUUCCAUGGAACAACUUUAACAGCAAUAACUUGAAGGGUACUUCAACAAGUACUUGAAGGGACACGGGUGGUGCUGGUUGUUAAACCACAGAGCCUAGGGCUUGCCGAUCAGAAGGUCGUGGUUUGAAUCCCCACGACGGUCCCGUUGCUCGGUCCCUGCUCCUGCCAACCUAGCAGUUCAACAGCACGUCAAACUGCAAGUAGAUAAAUAGGUACCGCUCCGGCGGGAAGGUAAACGGCGUUUCUGUGUGCUACUCUGCUUCACCAGAAGUAGCUUAGUCAUGCUGGCCACAUGACCCGGAAGCUGUACGCCGGCUCCCUUGGCCAGUAAAGCGAGAUGAGCGCCGCAACCCCAGAGUUGUCUACAACUGGGUCUAAUGGUAAGGGGUCCCUUCACCUUUACCUUUACUUGAAGGACCAAACCAAGAAUUACAGUGGUACCCCGCAAGACGAAUGCCUCGCAAGACGGAAAACCCGCAAGACGAAAGGGUUUUCUGUUUUGGAGGCGCUUCGCAAGACAAAUUUCCCUAUGGGCUUGCUUCGCAAGACGAAAGCCCAUAGGGAAAUCUCCGGGGACCUGCUUUAAAUUGCUGGCGGUCGGGAGCAAAGACUUUCGCCCACAGCCGGCCUUCAGAAGAGGUCCAGGACCUCUUCUGAAGGCCGGCGGGGGCAAAAGUCUUUGCUCCCCCCCGCCUGCCUUCCCGGGCCCGCGGAGACUUCUCUGCUGCCCCGGGCUAUCUUAAAAUGCUGGCGGGCGGGAGCGAAGCGUUCGCUGCCGACCCCCAGAAUUUUAAAAUCUCCCCGGGACACCUGUGAAGUCUCCGCUGCCCCGGGCGAUCUUAAAAUGCUGGCGGUCGGGAGCGAACGCUUCGCUGCCGACCCCCAGCAUUUUAAAAUCUCCCGGGACAGCAGAGAAGCAGCCCCCUGCGACCCUCUCCCGGCUGGAGAGGUGACGCGCGCCUAUGGCAGGAGCCUCCAUAGGCGCACGUCACCUCUCCAGCUGGGAGAGCGCGCGCGGGGCUAAAGCAGCCCCCUGCGACCCUCUCCCGGCUGGAGAGGUGACGCACGCCUAUGGCAGGAGCCCGCCAGCAUUUUAAAAUCUCCCCGGGACAGCAGAGACUUCGCUCCUGCCCGCCAGCAUUUUAAAAUCGCCCCGGGACAGCAGGGGCUUUUAAAAUGCUGGCUUUCGGCAGCAAAGCCCUCCUGUCCCCGGAGCUUGCGGGGCGGGAGGUGGGAAGAAGGGCUUUUCUUCCCACCACCAGCCUUCAGAACAGCCUUCUGAAGGCUGGGGGUGGGAAGAAAAGCCCUUUCCCCCCCCCCAGCCUUCAGAAGAGGUCGGGGGACAGAUUGUCCCCGGACCUGGCCUGAAGGCGGUUUCCCUAGGAACGCAUUAAUUGAUUUUCAAUGCAUUCCUAUGGGAAACCGUGCUUCGCAAGAACGAAAAACUCGCAAGAAGAAAAAACUUGCGGAACGAAUUAAUUUCGUCUUGCGAGGCACCACUGUACAACAAUCUCUUCCUCAAAAUGGUUCAGCCUCCACCACCUUUACUGCAGUCAACUGAAGGCAACCAACUAUGCCCUGCCCCCCCGAUCUUUCUCACUGCCAAUGAAAACUAAUAAAUGAAAAGGAAGAGAACCUCCCCAUGUCACACUGACACAAACACCUUGCAUAUGGACUUUGUAAAAUAAUGAAAGUGUACUACCCCUCCCCCGCUCGCUUUCUGCACCUCUCAAUUCCCCAACCUUACACUGUAUACAACAUUAAAGUCUGUCUGUCUGUAAAUUUUUAUGAUAUCCAAACAGAGGAGCUUAUAGUUAGGAAGCCAACACCCUCCCUUCAGAUGUGAAGGAAAUAAGCAGCUAUCCUAUCUUUAAAAGACAUCUGAAGGCAGCCCUGUUUAGGGAAGUUUUUGAUAUUUAAUGCUGUACUGUUUUUAACACUUGAUUGGAAGCUGCCCAGAGUGGCUGUGGAAACUCAGCCAGAUGGGUGGGGUAUAAAUAAUAAAUUAUGAUGAUGAUAAUGUAAUGAUCUUCCUCUGUUUUACUUCAGAUAAUUCAGUGGGGCCUCUUCUCAUUUCAUUCUCUUCUGGAUCAGUGCCUUAAUCCUUUGUAGAUUCUGUAUAUCACAGAAUAGUCAUUGAGGUGUCCCCAGAUGUUGUUGUCCAGUUCCCAUCUGCUUCAGCCAGCAGGGCAGACAGUCAAGGAUGAUAGAAACUCUAAUCUGGACCUCACCACCUGGACUCUGCUGCCCUAUAUCCUUCCCAUUGAAACAACCGUGAAAAUAAAUUUUGGACGCUAUAGAUUUAUCCUGGUCUGGUGCAUGCAAUGUCUUUUGUUUUGCAGCUGUGUGAUUUGUGCUCAUAUUGUAUUGUGGUGGCCAUUGGCUAUAAACAAUAAAAUUUAUAGAUACAGUAGAUUGAACUGCAAAAAUAAGUAAUAAAAUAAUAAAACGAUUUUAAUAUUUUUUUGGUCCUCACUCCCAAAUGGUGUGUGUGUUUUUGGUUAUAUUGGGGAUGGGGUGGGGGGUGGAGAAGUAUGAAAGCCAAAACCGCUCCCCUCCUCUGCUAAAUGGAUGCAGGAGACCAGAGGCAGUGAAUGAAAAAGCAGGGAAAGAGAAACCCUCCAAGUGCCACUAUUUUCCAGGGAUGUCCCUGAUUUAGAGAAGCCGUCCUGGUUUCUGAUUUGACCCCAGAAUGUCCUGUUUUUCUUAGGGUCUCCCUAUUUUCAUUGAAGAAAUGCUGGAGGGAAUGGAAUUAUGCGACCCCCAGGCCCUCUGAGAAGGCAAUCCUGUAUAGGAAAGUUUUAAUGUUUAAUGUUUUCUAAUGUUUUUUAUAUAUGUUGGAAACUUCCCAGAGUGGCUGGGGCAGCGUAAUAAGAUGUGCGGUGUAUAAAUAAUAAAAUUAUAUUUAUGGAAUAGGAUGUUCCUAUUUUCAUCAGAGAAAUGUUGGAGGGUUUGGAAAGGUCGGUUGCUGGAGCUAAGUGAUUGCAUGAUCCCAACCAGCAGAGCUGGGAACUGGACUGCCUCCUCCAGCUACCCAUUCGGGCUGCAGGCAUAGCUGUCAACCUUCCCUUUUUUUGCCGUAAAUUCCCUUAUUCCAGUGCCAUUUCCCGCUGCUAUCCCGGAUUGUUAGGUAUCCUGUAGACUGUCCCCGGGACAGGAGAGGCUGCGGCCCCCUUAUUUUCAAAUCUGAAAGUUGACAGCUAUGGCUGCAGGGUGGCAUCGUCCCAGCUUUCUGAAAAUAUUUACUGAUGAGGAAACCAGUGACUGCACAUCGGAUCACAAGGAUUUGUGCAACAUUCUGGAUGGCAUAUAAGAUGCCAGGUAGAUUCCAAUGAUACAAUAAAUUUUGAGGGACAGCGCAAGGGGGCGCAUCCAGCCUCGCAGCCUCCCAUGGCCCAACCCACAGUCAGCGAGCUCCGAUGCUCAGAGAGGCAGGAAACGGGGCCAGCCAGGGGGACUCGAGAGCGGCUGCACUUUCCUGUCCCCCGCCGAGGAGAGCGGAGGAGCAGCGGCCCGUGGCCUGGCGAGUUUCCCCGGAGAGGAGCCGGAUUCCGCUGCAGGGACGGAGCGAGGAGUCCGAGGUGCAGGAGGCGGGGGGGAGGAGGAGGGGGAGAGCAGGUGCGCCUGGCAGGAUCAGGCCCCGAGUAGAGCCAGAGGCUGCAGGGCGCCCCCCAACCGGGCAGGAAGGGGAAGGGGCGCAGCUCAGGGGCAGGGCAUCUGCAGGAGGGCACAGGGGCAAACAUCAUAGAAUCAUAGAGUUGGAAGAGACCACAAGGGCCAUCGAGUCCAACCCCCUGCCAAGCAGGAAACACCAUCAGAGCACUCCUGACAUAUGGUUGUCAAGCCUCUGCUUAAAGACCUCCAAAGAAGGAGACUCCACCACACUCCUUGGCAGCAAAUUCCACUGUCAAACAGCUCUUACUGUCAGGAAGUUCUUCCUAAUGUUUAGGUGGAAUCUUCUUUCUUGUAGUUUGGAUCCAUUGCUCCGUGUCCGCUUCUCUGGAGCAGCAGAAAACAACCUUUCUCCCUCCUCUAUGUGACAUCCUUUUAUAUAUUUGAACAUGGCUAUCAUAUCACCCCUUAAUCUCCUCUUCUCCAGGCUAAACAUACCCAGCUCCCUUAGCCAUUCCUCAUAAGGCAUCAUUUCCAGGCCUUUGACCAUUUUGGUUGCCCUCCUCUGGACACGUUCCAGUUUGUCAGUGUCCUCCUUGAACUGUGGUGCCCAGAACUGGACACAGUACUCCAGGUGAGGUCUGACCAGAGCAGAAUACAAUGGCACUAUUACUUCCCUUGAUCUAGAUGCUAUACUCCUAUUGAUGCAGCCCAGAAUUGCAUUGGCUUUUUUAGCUGCCGCGUCACACUGUUGGCUCAUGUCAAGUUUGUGGUCAACCAAGACUCCUAGAUCCUUUUCACAUGUACUGUUCUCAAGCCAGGUGUCCCCCAUAUUGUAUUUGUGCCUCUCAUUUUUUUUGCCCAAGUGCAAUGCUUUACAUUUCUCCCUGUUAAAAUUCAUCUUGUUUGUUUAUGCCCAGUUCUCUAAUCUGUCAAGGUCGUUUUGAAGUGUGAUCCUGUCCUCUGGGGUGUUAGCCACCCCUCCCAGUUUGGUGUCAUCUGCAAAUUUGAUCAGGAUGCCCUUGAGUCCAUCAUCCAAGUCGUUAAUAAAGAUGUUGAAUAAGACCGGGCCCAAGACAGAACCCUGUGGCACCCCACUAAUCACUCUUCUCCAGGAUGAAGAGGAACCCUUUGGGUUCAGUCAGUCAGCCAGUUACAAAUCCACUGAGUGGUAGCAUAGUCAAGACCGCAUUUUACCAGCUUCUUUACAAGAAUAUCAUGGGGCACCUUGUCAAAUGCCUUGCUGAAAUCAAGGUAGGCUACAUCCACUGCGUUCCCUUCAUCUACCAGGCUUGUAAUUCUGUCAAAAAAACGAGAUCAGGUUAGUCUGACAUGACUUAUUUUUCAGAAAUCCAUGCUGACUAUUGGUGAUCACAGCAUUCCUUUCUAGGCGCUCACAGACUGUUUGCUUAAUGAUCUGCUCCAGAAUCUUCCCUGGUAUUGAUGUCAGACUGACUGGGCGGUAAUUAUUUGGGUCCUCUCUUUCCCCCUUUUUGAAAAUAGGGACAACAUUUGCCCUCCUCCAGUCUGCCGGGACUUCGCCUGUUCUCCAGGAAUUCUCAAAGAUGACUGCCAGUGGUUCUGAGAUCACAUCUGCCAGUUCUUUUAAUACUCUUGGAUGCAGUUCAUCUGGCCCUGGAGACUUGAAUACAUCUAAACUAGCCAAAUAUUCUUGUACUAUCUCCUUAGUUAUUCUGGGCUGUUUCCUCUGCUGAAUCAUUUGCUCCAAAUUCUUCAGGUCGGGCAUUGUUUUCUUUAUCGGAGAAGACUGAGGCAAAGAAGGCAUUGAGGAGUUCAGCCCUUUCUGUGUCCCCUGUUUGCAUUUCACCAUCUUCUCCUCUGAGUGACCCCACUGUUUCUUUGUUCUUCCUUUUGCUACGAACAUACCCAUAAAAGCCUUUUUGUUGCUUUUAACCUCUCUAGCAAGCCUGAGUUCAUUCUGUGCUUUAGCUUUUCUGACUUUGUGUCUACACGUGCUGGCUAUUUGUUUGAAUUCCUCUUUGGUGGUCUCCCCCCUUUUCCAUUUUUUGUACACAUUCUUUUUUAAUCUUAACUCAGUUAAAAGUUCUUUAGAUAGCCACCCUGGCUUCUUUAGGCACCUUCCAUGUUUCCGUCUCAUUGGUAUGGCCUGACGUUGUGCUUUUACUAUCUCCCUCUUAACAAACUCCCAGCCAUCGUGAACUCCCUUUCCUUUUAGUAUUACUGUCCAUGGGAUCUCACCCAGCACUUCCCUAAGUUUUAUGAAGUCGGCUUUCUUAAAGUCAAGAAAUUGAGUCCUAGUAUGCUUGGCUGCUCCUUUCCGCUGUAUAGUAAACUUCAGAAGAGCAUGAUCACUCGCGCCUAAUGAUCCUUCCACUUCUACCCCACUAACCAGGUCAUCAACAUUGGUUAGGACCAGAUCUAAAAUGGCUGUUCCUCUUGUUGCUUCUCCCACUUUCUGGACAAUGAAGUUGUCUGCAAGGCCAGUGAGGAAUCUGUUUGACCUUAUGCUCUUGGCUGAGUUUGACAUCCAACAAAUAUCCGGGUAAUUGAAGUCCCCAUUACUACUAUCUCCCUUCCUUUUGCAUGCUUGGCCAUCUGUUCCAGGAAGGCAUCAUCUAUGUCCUCCGUUUGGCUUGGGGAUCUAUAGUAAACUCCCACAAUGAGGUCUCUGUUAUUCUUCUCUCCCUUAAUUUUGACCCAAAUGCUCUAACUUUGGCUUUGAGGUUCUAAAUCUUGGAUCUCUUCACAGGUAUACACAUAUAACGCCACUCCUCCUCCUUUCUUGUCUGGUCUGUUUCUCUGAAAUAGAUUGUAUCCCCCCAUUUUUACAUUCCAAUCGUGGGACUUAUCCCACCAGGUUUCAGUGAUGCCUAUUAUGUCAUAUUUAGUUUGCUGUACCAAGAGCUCAAGCUCAUCUUGUUUAUUUCCCAUGCUUUGCGCAUUAGUGUACAGACACUGAAGUCCAUUAAUCAUUCACCCGUGUCUCUUAUUUAAGGAUUUUUUCCUCCCACCACUAGGUCUGCGUGCUGUUUGCUCAAUUUGGUCUAUGACAUUUGGAUGAUCAUCUUCAUCAAUUGAUAGACUCCUACCUUCAGGAGCACUGUCUCCUCCCCCACAUUAGUCAGUUUAAAGCCCUCCUGAUGAGGUUUCUGAGAUUUUUGGCAAAAACAUUUCUCCCAACCGUUGUGAGGUGCAGCCCAUCACUUGCCAGAAGUCCAUCUUCAAGAAACUGCAGUCCGUGAUCUAAAAAUCCAAACCGUUCCUGUUUACACCAUUUGCGAAGCCAGUUGUUCACUUCCACUAUUUUUCCCUCUCUCCCUGGGCCACGUCGUUCAACUGGGAGGACAGAUGAGAUGACAAUUUGUGCAUUUAGUUGCUUCAAUUUCCUGCCGAGAGCCUCGUAGUCUCUUUUGAUCUUCUGGAGGCUAUUGCUUGCAGUGUCAUUGGUUCCCACAUGAACCAAGAGGAAGAGGUAUUUAUCAGUGGGUUUUAUGAUUCCUUGCAGUCGUUCAGUUACAUCUUGGAUCUUAGCCCCGGGGAGACAGCACACUUCCCGAGACAUCUUGUCAGGCCCACAGAUCACUGCUUCUGUUCCCCUCAGUAGGGAAUCCCCUAUCACCACUACACGCCUCCUCUUAGGUUUGGUCAGGGUUCUUCUGUGAGCUGUCCGUUCCAAGGUCACCUGCACAUUCCCUGAGGACUGACUUUGCUGCUCGUCUUCAUAUACCUGAUCGACUGUAAUGAGGGAGAGAUCCUCAAAUGGAGUCUGCUCUUCAUUUUCCAUGCUAGGGGAGAGGACCUCAAAGCGAUUGUGUAUUUCUAAACAAUCAGAGCGAACCCUGGGCCUCCUACUUCUUUGAGUCACGUUUCUCCAUAUAUCUGGCUCCUGUGUUGGUGAACUAGCCUCCUUCUCAGGGGAGUCCCCUGUCUCCUCCUUGGUGGAGACGGUGUGCUCUGUUGCUUCCAAGAAGAGCUCCAGCUAUCUAAUUCUUUGGAGCGUAGCUACACGUUCCUCCAGUUGCUGGACUUUGUCUUUUAAGAGGGCAAUCAACAUGCAAUUGCUGCAGGUAAAGCUGCCUGCAACCUUUGGCAAGAUGGCAAACAUUGCGCAGGAACCGCAGGCGACUGCAGCUGUUCCCUCCCCCUCCAUCUUGAGAACGUGUCGUUGGGGGUGGCUACAGCGGUCCUCCAUCAUAAAAAGCGUGAAGACAGGACAAAUAACUCCCCCCACAAAAAAAAACACUAGGUCUUCCCCAACAAACGUUUGAGACUAGCUCCCCUAAAUCUAAAAGAUGGAUCAAACUGUGCGCACCUAGCGGCGCGCGGCGCUGCCCUGCUAGCUCUGAUAAGCUCCUCCCACAGCUAAUCACCUGCCUCAACAGAAACCCUGCCCCCUCUGACCUUUGCACAGGGAGAACAGCUAAUCAGCCACAAAGAAACACACACACACAAGAAAACCCUUUUUGCUCCUUCAACUGCUGCCCUGCUAGCUCUGGCUCAGGCUCUGGCUCAGGCUCAGGCUGGCACGGACCCUGCCGGAGACCCUGGGGAGCUGCUCCCUUCAGUCCUGGGCUCAAGGGGCAGAAUGAGGGGUCCAAGGCAGCUGCUGCUUCCCGAUGGACGAUGCAUAUAGUCGUCCGAUGAUCAGCGGCGUACCUGGGGCUUUUGCCGCCCCUCUCCCUGUCCCUCAGCAGGGAGCCCCGUCCUCUUUCACGGUCCUCCCCACGGGGGACAGGGAAGGGGAGGCAGGGGGAAAGGAAUAGCAGUGCAGCAGGGAGGUGUCUCUCUCACUCUGCAGCCCCCUGACACCCUUUGCAGGCCACUACUCCUGCCCCCCCCCUUCCUCUGCCAGUACCAUCGAUAAACCUAUCGCCCUCCUUCGUGAAUUGGAAGGAUGGGAUAGAAGUUCUGAACUGGAAAUAAAUGAUCCCUCUGACUGCUCUUUAAAGAGGAUUUCUAAAGAACAAUGAGAAGGGUGUUUUUUCCUAGAACUCAUUGCUAAUUCAGCAGGGUCUUCUUGUGCUCUUAUUUCUCCUCCACCCCAGCACUGGGGUUGGAAGGUCUAAACAUGCUGAUUGUGUUCGCAAGACUUGUAUGUAUGCUAGAUGGCAUGUCUGGUGAGUGUGUGCAGCACCUCUGGCGUGUGUGCAUGUGACUUUAUGGUAUGCAUACAUUGGCCACAAAGCUCACUGGAAUGUGGCCUCCAGAAUCAAUGCAGCUUUAAGCCCAUAAAUGUUUCGUUCCUCCUGCUCUGUCAGGAAGAACAAUCAAAUCUAAGACUAUCAGGUGGAGAGAACUCCUGGAUCUACAGAUUUAAUGUUCUCAACAUCCUAUGGACACAAACUGCAAUGAGAUUUCACUUUUCAUACAAUAUAAUGGUGUCCUAAACAAACAAUCAGACCCAGAGACUCCAGCAGGUGCAGAAUGCCGCGGCAAGGCUCCUUACGGGGUCCUUGCCAUGGGAUCACAUUCAUCAAUGCAAUACGAUACGAUACGAUAAUCUUUAUUGUCAUUGUCCCAUACAGAACAACCAAAUUGAAAAAAUCUACAUCAGACAUUCAAAAACCAACAAACCUGCUAUCCCAGCCUGCUUAACCCCCUAGAAACACUGAUUCCCAUAAUUAAAUAUAAUAUACUCACAUAGAGACUUCCAUACACUGCGUUUAAAACCAAAAUCGCAUUUGGAUAGAAACUGUUUUUCGGUUUCAUCCAGUGCUUUACCAACUGCACUGGCUCUUGGUGGAGUACAGGGUCAGGUUUAAGGUGCUGGUUUUGACCUGUAAAGCCCUAUGCGGCCUAGGUCCCACGUAACUAUGGGACCGCCUCUCCUGGUAUGCCCCACGGAGGACCUUAAGGUCCACAAAUGACAACAGUUUGGAGGUCCCAAGUCACAAGGUGGUUAGAUUGGUCUGAACUAGGGCCAGGGCCUUUUCCGUAUUGGCCCUGACUUGGUGGAACGCUCUGUCACAAGAGACUAGUGCCCUGAAGAAGCGUCUCCACCCCCAUCGUUCUACCCAGACACUGAGGUGCAGUGCUUAGGGCCUUCUGGCGGUUCCCUCACUGCGAGAAGCCAAGUUUACAGGGAACCAGACAGAGGGCCUUCUCGGUAGUGGCGCCUUUCCUGUGGAACGCCCUCCCACCAGAUGUCAAAGAAAGCAACAACUACCAGACUUUUAGAAGACAUCUGAAGGCAGCCCUGUUUAGUGAAGCUUUUAAUGUUUGAUGUAUUAGGGUAUUUUAAUAUUUUGUUGGAAGCCGCCCAGAGUGGCUGGGGAACCCCAGCCAGAAGGGCGGGGUAUAAAUAAUAAAAAAAAUUUAUUAUUGGCAUCUUUCCGCAGGGCCUGCAAGACAGAGCUGUUCCGCCUGGCCUUUGGUUUGGACUCAGUCUGACCCUUACGUUUCCCUCCCCUUAUGGUUUUGCUCUAUGGGCUACUUAUAAAAUGAGGCUGCAUUUUAACUUGUAUUUUAACUUGUAUUUUGAAUUGGGGUUUUUUCAAUAUUAUGUUUUUAUUGUAAUUUUACUGGUGUUAGCCGCGCAGGGACGGCGGGAUAUAAAUAAAAUGUAUUAUUAUUAUAUAUUUUCCUUCUGGAAGGUGGGGCAAGAUGCGGAGGGAAUCUGUAUUAUAUCUGGAGGAGAGAAGGCCAGGCGGGGGGGGGGGGAGCUCAGUGCACCCAGAAGACGUCAGUUGUGGGUUGUAGUUGCAUCUAUACAAAGUGCAUAGCCUUUGCCCCUCCAUAAAGAAAUGGGGAGGAGACAAGAGCUGGAAUAGCUGACCAGAAGGAAAUGUGGAGUCAUGAAGCAGGUGAAGGCUGAGCACACCUAAGGGCGACACAGAGAGGGGGGUGGAUUCUGCUGUAUCUUUCCCCGUCUGGAUCAAAAUCCACACACAAUAGGGCAGUGUGAGGGCACAAUCAAUGAUGUUAUGGAGAUGUGUUGAAAGGCAUUGCUUUAUGACCCUAAGAGCCCCUUCUCAAAAAACAAGCAUUCAGAGAAUUUAAACUACAGAGAGAGAGGGGGGGGGGGAGAGAGAAACAAACACACACACAAACACACGGGUGAACAGAUAAUUAUCCCCCCCACCCCCACCAAGAGGCAGUCUGCUGCCACAUUGCGUAAAGGUCACUGUAACACACUCUACAUGGGGCUGCCUUUGAAAAGUGCUCAGAAAGUUCAACUGGCUCAAAGAGCUGCAGACGCAUUGAUGACCAGGGCUGACCAUAGGCAGCAUUGUUCUUGUUUAGUCGUUUAGUCGUGCCCGACUCUUCGUGACCCCAUGGACCAGAGCACGCCAGGCACUCCUGUCUUUCACUGCCUCCCGCAGUUUGGUCAAACUCAUCUUGGUAGCUUCGAGAACACUGUCCAACCAUCUUGUCCUCUGUCGUCCCAUAGUGCUAGGGCAACCUGAUAAGAUGUGUGAGUUAUAAAUAGUAAAAUAAUCAUUAUAGAAUGGGGUGUCCCUAUCAGAGAAAUGAUAGAGGGUAUGGAAAGAUAACAGAGCCUGAUCCUGGCAUCUGUUGCUGGAGCUGAAAACUCAGCUGUAUUACUGGGGAAGAAGGAAGAUAAAACCUUAAGACUCUCUCACUUAUUUACACGCAGACACAAGAGGUCACCAGCUUUGACAGCUUGGGGAAAGAUCAGAUGCGUUCUCCAGGGAGUAAAUCUAUCAGCUAUUUUAUUAACCGUGACAACAACAGAACCUCCAUGUGUAGGCACAGUGUACCUUGAUUUGGGGCAGGCAAAAGAAGCCAUUUCCUUGCUAAAUGAAUCUGAUGGACAUCAUUGCCACAAGAUGCGGUGAUGGUGGUGGCUAAGAGAGCUUUCAAUUCAAAAUCCUUUAUUAGGCAUAGCACACCACACAUUACCAAACAAACAUCAUAUGCAGACUGUAUAAAAUACGGGCUCAGCGAACACAAUUUAUCCCAGUCCUAUUCUUAACUCCAAGAUAUAAAUCGAUGUACAUAGAUAAUAUAAUACAACACAGCAACAUCACCUACCAUUAAAAACCACUAAGUCUCUUUAUCACGGCCCAUUCUUUCUUCAUGGACAGCACUUAAAAAUUCAGCCGUUAUUAAAGUAAUUUGAUCAUCGCUGUCCGCCAGCAGGUCCUGAACAGUUGGUUGUGUAAAAAUCUGUCUAUUAAAUUUUAGGGCCUCAAAUAAUUGUUUUCUGGUAUAACUGCCAAAAUCACAGGAAAAGAAUAUAUGCUCUAGAGUAUCGGGUUCCUGUUUUCUGCAUUUGCAGAGAUGCUCUGAUUCUGGGAUAGCUAAGUAUCUUCCUCUCACUACCACCGAGGGAAACAUGUUGAAUCUGGCCAACAUAAAUAGCCUACAUGAUUAAUGUUUCUUCAGAUUUGUCAUGUAUCCCUUUUGGAAAUCUCUACACAAAGGGAGAUGUAAGUGGAUAGGAGAGCAGGUGCUGUGCUUUGCAACCUCAAGCAUGGCGAGAACACUUUUUCUGUAAGAGUCUUCCUGAUAAUUUCCCAUGUAUCUUUGGGAUCAGAGAUUUCAAAGUCAGUUAGAGUGAGCCCUAUCGAAUCCAGUUUUCUCCUACAAAUCAAUGAUAGAUUGUAGAUUGCACUAUCACUUAAAAGAUUGUAAAGUAUAGAAUUAGGGGAUAGGGCUCUAUAAUGGAGGAAGAUCCAAUAUUUCAAGGUCCUCAACCAUGCUCUUACUGAUAAAGGCAAUAUUCCCAGCUCACAACAUAUUGUUUCAUAUUUUACAGAGUUUGCAAGUCCUAAUAAUGACCUCAGAAGGGAUGCGUGAAAUUUAUCCAACCUCUUGAGGUCACCUGAAAUCCACACUGGUGUGUCGUAUAGAAGUUGGGCACAAAGUUUCAUGUCAAUCACUUGCAAUACAGCUGGAAUAAAUCUGUUUCCUACUGGAGAAAAAAAGUAGGAUUUAAUAUGGUGGGCUGUCACUUUGGCCUUAACUAUUGCAGCACAUAUAUGUGUAUUCCAAUUCAUAUUAUUUUUAAAUGUAAUUCCCAGAUAAUUGAAGUACUUAACUUCCUGUAUUAAAUGUCCAUUAAUUAUACAGCCUUUUGGGUUCCCUCUCUUUCUAAAUUGCAUAAUCUUUGUCUUAUCAUAAUUAAUUUUGAGAUUAUUGAGAGAGCAGUAGUUUGAGAAACUCUUAAAUAAUUUUUUUUAAACCCAAAACAGAGAGUGAAAUAACUACAGCAUCAUCUGCAUAAAGUAAUAAAAAAGUGGGCUAUUGUUUAAAUAAGGAGUAUGGGUGGUUGCGUUUUGAAGAAAUAAUGGUAGGUCAGAUAAAAAUAGAUUAAAUAGGGUAGGGGCCAAGAUACAGCCUUGCCUAACUCCUCAAUUAUUCAGAAUAGGACCUGCAAGUCUACCAUCUUUUGAUACUUUAACAUAUAUUUGGUUAUUAGAAUGUAAACUUUGAAUCAGUGUAAGUAGAUAUGGGUCGAUACCAAGGUGUUCUAGUUUAGUCCAUAAUUUGUUACGAUCGACCAAAUCAAAGGCACUUUUUAAAUCCACAAAUGCCACAAAGAGUUUUCAUUUAUUUCUCAUGACAUAUUUGUCCACAAGAUGACUUAACACUAGACACUGGUCAAGAGUUGACGCGCCUGCCUGAAAACCAGCCUGCUCUUUACCAGGUAGACCUUUUGUCAGCAUCCAUUCUUCCAAUUUAAUAAGCAGAGAUUUGGCAUAGAUUUUACUUAUGCAUGGUAACAAACUUAUAGGCCUGUAAUUCUCUUGACAAUUCCUAUCACCUUUUUUAAAGAUCGGUACCACUAUUGAGUUGUUCCACGACUUAGGCACAAGGGCUGAGUGAUAGAUAGAAUUAAAAAGUGGCACAAGUUUAAUGGCCCACCAUUCUACAUCUAAUCUCAACAGGUCUAUUGGAAUGCCAUCCAUACCUGGUGAUUUCCCUUGCUUAAACGAAAAAAUUAUCCUUUUCAUCUCCUCAGCAGUAAUUUGAAAUUGUGUGGUUUUUGCCAGAGAAAAUUUAAAAUUUUCCUUUUUACAAACUUGGUGAUCAUAAAAAACAUCCGUAAAAUGUGAAAUCCAAGCCUUAUCGCUUAUAUUAGGGAAAUCAGUGAUAUCUUUUAUUGAGAGAAGUGACCAAAAAGUUUUAGUAUCUUUGAUUUCUAAUGUAGUAACAAUUUUAGACCAUUUGGCUAGUGCAAACUCAGAUUUUUUUUCCAGGAGCAUGUUCUUAAAAGCAUUUUUCAUUUCAAAAUAAGUCUUCCAGAGACCUUGAGAGUUGGUAAUAUAGGCUUCUUUUAGACAAAUUCUAAGUUCUUUCUUAUAGUUAAUACAAUCUUUAUCAAACCAGUUAUACUUAUUUAAAGGUUUGUUGCUGAACUGAGGGUCUAAAAAAGAAGAAAAUAAUUCCUGGAUUGUCUUAUAAUAACAAUCAUUGUCCUCCAAGGGCAUCAAAUUUUGGUUAGCCACAGGUUCGAGAAUAACUGGGUUAUUUUCAAAUACUGCUAAUUAAACCUCCCUAUUUUUAUCACUUAUAUAAAUUCUUUUGGCAUAAAUAGUCUUAUCAGUACUAAUAAGAGGACUAAUAUCAUUAUUUCUAGGAUUCCUGUACAUCUCUAAAACUAUUGGGAUAUGGUCACUCUCUGUGCGAGGUACAACUGUGAAAGAGGCAACUUCAUUUAACAUUUCAACGGAAACUAGAGAAUAGUUGAUUACGCUCCUACCCCUUUUGGAGCUGAAGGUAAAAUUUCCUGGAAUAUCCGGCCACAUUGAGCCAUUCAAAAAUGAGAGGUUAAAUUCUAAAACCAAUUGUAAAAGUUUUCCUCCCGCUUUAUUAAUAAUGAUGUCCUUUGAAUUCCUUCCUAUUCUCAAUGAAAGUGGGGCAUCUUCAGCUAGAUUUGAGACAUAGCGUUUAUAGAGAGCUAUAUUAUCUGAUCCAAUUCGAGCAUUGGUGUCUCCCAUUACAAUCAGGGGGAUAUUUGGAGAUUUACUACGUAUUAAAUACAGCUCUUCAGAGACUAUAUUCCAACCAUAAUCUGGUCUAAUUUCCAACUCUAUGGGAGGAAAAUAUAUAUUUAAAAGAAGAAUUUCCCUGUAGACAAUGGAAAAUGAUAACAAUUGUGCAUACUGUCCAAUAUUUCUGAUAUAAUUAAUUUUAAGGUUAGAAGACUGUUUAAUACCACAGAUCAAACCGGCUUUAGGGCGACCUUUUGUUGACAUUUUAGUAGCGGGUAAAUUAUAAGUAAUAAAGUUAGGAAUAUUUAAAGGUUUAAGAGACCAGGUUUCCUGCAAAAGUAUUAUAUCAUAAGAAUCAAGAAAAUUUAUAAAAUCAGAAUCAGCUAAUUUACAUGAGAGUCCAGUUACAUUCCAGGACACAAUAGAAAGAGUUUGGAGAGAUCUUUGAUUUAAGGGUGCUAGUGAGGUAUGCGUGGUGCAUUCCGGAUGUCACACCAAGUUCCUCUGGUUCUUACUAUUAGCCCUUUCAGCGGGUUCAGAUAGUUCAGAUGCUAAUUCGAUGAUGUUUAAAGAUGUAUUCAGUAUGCUCACAUUUGAGGAGGGUGGAAUGCUAGGGUUGCAACCUGGCGCACCCAUGCUGGGCACUUUAUUUGGGGAGCCCAAUUCAGUCUCAUCUAAUUCUCUCAUUUUAUCCCAUGCUAAUGUAGUGACCAGGUUUGCCUCUGAGAUGGAUUGCAUGCGAGCUGGGUUAUAGGAGGGGCGUUUCGGCUCCAAGAUCUGAGAGGAUGGAUUCAUCUCCGCAGCAACCAAUUGGCCUGGGGUGACGGAGGGUUUCCCGACCCAUAAAUCCAGCUCGUGACGAUAGAAGCAUGAAGCCUGCUCUGGGACAUAAUCAGAUAUGUUUUGGUUGUGUGGUCCCGGUUGGUCCUUCGUCAGAUUUGUCAGACAAGAACGAAGGUUAUUCAGUCUAUAGAGUAUUUUGUUCUGAGUUUCUUGGGGGAGAGCACAGUAGGAGUUAAUUAACUUAUUUUCAAAACUUUCGAACCCGUUACCUUGGCUCGCCUCAUAUAAAGUCCCGGGAGAGUCUGGUCUUUGAAAAUCAUUAGUAAGUAACUCUGGGUGGUGAUUAGGCGAGUCCUCAGUGGCUUUUAUAUCAAUUAAAGUGUCUUAUUCAGCCUUUUGAUGAGGUGCUGUAGUCGAGGUUGCAGGACUGGGGAAUAGUGGGAUAGGAGAGGCCUUAUUUUUAAAGUAUCUUGAUAUCUUUACACCACUUGUCUUUAGAUGUUCUCUGUGUUUAUAUAUCAGUUUUGCCAAUCUCCGAUCAUGGAUUUAUAUCACAAGAGGAUCGCAAAGUCCAUUUACUGAACUUCUUUAAGGCAUACAUGCCAGGUACUUUGAGUAAUCCUGCGGAGUUGGACAAAGUGGAAUAUCUAUAUUUUGAUGGCUUGCUUGCCAGGGCGGUGGCUACAUUCCAUGAUCGAAGGUGUUGUAAGUCUUUAUAGAAUCGGUCAAUUUCAGUUUCUUCAGCACUAGUAGUUGGUGCAUAAACUUGGAUUGCUGUGAAGUUAAAAGGUCUGCCUUGGAUUCGUAUCGAGAUCAUUCUAUCAUUUUUGAGAUUGCAUCCCAGUACAGCUCUCGCCACCCUUUUGUUGACUAUGAGGGCCACUCCAUUUCAUUUACGGGAUUUUUGCCCACAAUAGUAGAUAUGAUGGUCAUCCGAACUGAAUUCGCCCAUUCCUGUCCAUUUUAGUUCACUGAUGCCUAGGAUGUCAAUAUUUAUUCUUGCCAUCUCAUUUUUGACCACAUCCAACUUACCAAGGUUCAUGGUUCUUACAUUCCAGGUUCCUAUGCAAACUUUUUCUUUGCAUCAUUGGACUUUCCUUUCGCUUCCAGGCAUAUCCACAACUGAGCGACCUUUCGGCUUUGGCCCAGCCGCUUUAUCAGCUCUGAAUUUACUUGUACUUGUCCUCCGCUUUUCCUCAGUAGCAUGUUGGAUGCCUUCCAACCUGAGGGGCUCAUCUUCCAGCGUCAUAACUUUUGUCUGUUGUCUUUGUCAAUGGAGUUUUCUUGACAGGGAUACUGGAGUGGUUUGCUGGUUCCUGCUCCAGGUGGAUCACAUUUGGUCAAAACUCCACUAUGACCUGUCCAUCUUGGGUGACCCUGCACGGCAUAGCUCAUAGCUUCUCUGAGUUAUUCAAGCCCCUUUGCCACGGCAAGGUAGUGAUCCAGGAAGGGGAGGCUCUUCUUAGGUUCAUAUAUAUUGCAAUAUUUUUACAGUUACAUGCAGCGCUUAAGUUUUACUUAUUUCACAAAGCAGACACUGUUACUUGAGCCUGAGAUCAUUUCCUCACUUGAAAAACAAAAAUAGAGAUGUGUCUAAUAAGCCAGUUCAACCAUAGAUCUGUAUUAUAAAAUAAUGCUGCUUUAUUAAGUGUGAAUGUAGUGAACAUGUGUUGCUCUUGCCAUUAUCACAUAUUCAUUCCUAAAAAUUUGGAACACAGAGAGGACAGUGGAGAAUGGAGACAGGGUUAAAAUGAGAGAAGGUGCAGAUUGGGAUUGGCAGGUGUUUAGUUCCUUUUUUGUCUUUCUUGAAAGUCUAACAGGAUUCUCUUUCAUCCCAGACUCACAAACAAUUGAGGAAGAUGAAAGUAAGAAUUCUGUGGAGCCACCUGUGAAUUCAUUGGGAAAAACAAAGAAACAGCUUAAAUGUAUGGAAUGUGGGAUGUGCUUUUAUCACAGUGGAAGUCUGAGGAUACAUCAACAAGUUCACAAAGGAGAGAAACUAUUUGAAUGUAGGGAGUGUGGAAAGAACUUCAACCGGAAGGAUAAACUUACAGUACAUUGGCGAACUCACACGGGGGAAAAACCAUUUAAAUGUAUUGAAUGUUGGAAGAGCUUCAGUACAACUGGGAAACUUAGAAUACACCAACAAACUCACACAGGGGAGAAACCAUUUCAAUGUAUUGAAUGUGGAAAGAGCUACAAUCAAAGUGGAGACCUUAGAAUACACCAACUAAUUCACACAGGGGAGAAACCGUUUAAAUGUAUUGAAUGUGGGAAGAGCUUUUGUAAAAGUGGACCUCUUAGAAUACAUCAACGAAUUCACACGGGGGAGAAACCAUUUGAAUGUGUGGAUUGUGGAAAGAGCUUCAGUCGAAGUUGGACACUUAAAAGUCAUCAGCGAAGUCAUACAAGGGAGAAACCAUUUAAAUGUAUUGAAUGUGGAAAGAGCUUCAGUCAACUGGGAGACUUUAGAAUACAUCAACGAACUCACACGGGGGAGAAACCAUUUGAAUGUAUUGAAUGUGGAAAGAACUUCAGUAAGAAUGGAGCACUUAGAAUACAUCAACGAACUCACACGGGGGAGAAACCAUUUAAAUGUAUUGAAUGUGGAAGGAGCUUCAGUGAAAGUGGGAAACUUAGAAUACACCAACGAACUCACACAGGGGAGAAACCAUUUAAAUGCAUUGAAUGUGAAAAGAGCUACAGUGAAGGUGGGAAACUUAGAAGACACCAACAAACUCACACAGGGGAGAAACCAUUUAAAUGUAUUGAUUGUGGAAAGAGCUUCAGUGAAACUGGGAAACUUAGAAGACACCAACAAACUCACACAGGGGAGAAACCAUUUAAAUGCAUUGAAUGUGAAAAGAGCUUCAAUGAAAGUCAAACACUUAGAAGACACCAACGAAUUCAUACAGGGGAGAAACCAUUUAAAUGUAUUGAUUGUGGAAAGAGCUACAGUGAAAGUGGGAAACUUAUAAGACACAAACAAACUCACAGAGGGGAAAAACCACAGAUACUUUAAUUAACUUUAAUAAACCGCAUAGGUGUUUUUUACCUUUAGUUCUAUGCUUCCUUGCAAGACUGACAAAAUCUAACCAUGCCAAUGCUUUCAGUCCCAGAAUAGGAGCUCCCUUUCCUGUCAAGGGAGGUGUCCAAGGAGCAUCUGGAGCCCUGCCAUUCCUUCUGUCCCUGGCCCCUUCCCCUCCUCUCUCUGCCAUCCCAGGGCCACUCUUGACUCCACAGCAGGAGACUGGAUCUGUCUGUGAUGGUGAGAUGUCCUGGCUGGUUGAAGGACCACUUCCUGUUUCUUGCAGCUCCAUCCUGCCUUCUCAUGCAAGGUGGAGUCAUGAAGCAGGUGAAGGCUGAGCACACCUAAGGGUGGCGCAGCGGGUGGGUGGGAUUCUGCUUAACCUUUCCCCGUCUGCUCCUUUUCUGGAUCCAAAUCCCCACACAAAAAGGGGCAGUGUGAAAGGGGCACAUUUGGAUUUGAAAGGAGUAUGAAACAAGAGUUGGAGUACCCCACAGGCUUUGUUUUUAAAUAUGGAGGUCUGGCUGGAAGAAAUAUGGAUCCUGUUGGGCCAGAGCCUCUCCGAGAUUUGGGGUUUAAUAUCAAAGACUAUCAAAAAGACUGGCAGAGAGGAACUGAGAGAGAUUUAAGGGCCUCGGACGUGAGAUCUCCAGGCUAAAUAACAUAUAAAGACUGAUGGAUAUUGGUUGGGGACUGGAACCAGGAAAAGGGUGGGUAGAGUUUGGGUCCUCUAGGUCCAAACACACACAGACGCACACAUAGUAGGAGCAAGCAGUGCUCUAAAGUGCUUAUCUUGCGAACUUGUCAUCUAACUUGUUUACUCCUGACCAAAGUUCCUGUUUCCCAAAAGGAGAGGAGGGGGAGCAGAGGAGAAAACAGAUGGGUUUGAAGGCUCUUUCUGCCUCUCUCCUCUGAGGACUCAUACGGGGGAGAAAUGAUUUGAAUGUUUUGAAUGUGGAAAGAGCUUCAAUGAAAGUCGAACACUUAGAAUACACCAACGAACUCACACUGGGGAGAAACCAUUUAAAUGUAUUGAAUGUGGAAAGCUUCAGUGAAAGUGGAGCAGUUAGAAGACAUUAACAAACUCACACAGGAGAGAAACAAUUUAAAUGUAUUGAAUGUGGAAAGAGCUUCAGUCGAAGUGGGACACUUAAAAGUCAUCAGCGAAGUCAUACAGGGGAGAAACCAUUUAAAUGUAUGGAGUGCGGUAAGAGCUUCAAUCAAAUUGGACACCUUAGAAGACAUCAGCUAACACACACACGAUGAAAACUACAGGUGUAUUGAAUGUCGAAAGGGCUUCAGAGGGAGUGGAGACCUCAAUAUUCAUUAGCAAAUUCACACUAGGGAAACAAUAUAAAUGUAUGGAGUUUUCCACUCAAGGUGGAAUCUCAAGAAACUCAUAAAGGGGGAAAUCAGUUGUAAAUGCAUGGAAUGACUUUUUAGUGUUUGUACUUAAAUUUGUAUACACAUAAAUGUAUUAAAGUAAUGAAGGUCACAUACAAUAAACGUACAAAGUAAGUGGCAACUUGUUGCUAGAUAAACAGGGAGAGAGUGUGAAUCUGAAAUUAUCAAGGUGUGUGUUGAAGCUGUUGACUUUUCAGGUUUGCCUUUCACUUCCAAAAUGAUGGCCUGCCUUUGUCUUGUUGAUCAGCAUUCCAGGUGCUCAUUACUUGAACUUUGCAUAAUUUAUUGAAGACCUUUUUACUGAUAGCAUUUUCCAGCUGAAUGAAAGGUCCCUGUUUUAAAUGUUCAUUUGGGAUUGCUUUUAAAACUUAUCUCCUAUUUUCUGUGCUCUUGUGUACCUGUUUUGUGCUGUUUUUAUUAAAUAUUUUCUGCAUUGGCUUUUGACCCGUGGAAGGUGACCAGUGAGGGUGUUUUUUGUGUUCCUUAGUUCACAGAAAUGUUUUAAAAGAAUGUGAAAGAAUUAGGGCUAGGGGAGAUGAGUGAAAGGGACUGAGGAGUGAGAGACUGAUUUGUUGUGAAUGUGGGAGGUGGAGAGGGAGAGAAGAGAAAGCUCCAUUAUUUGGUCAGGGCUGUGGCUAAAGGCCUUGGUCGAGCUUUUCUGGGAAUUGUAGUCUCAGGAUGUCCAAUUGUAGUUGGCUGAGGAGGCUCAGAAACUUCUGAGAGGUUCCUCCCAGAACUACAGUUCCCAGAGUUCCUAGGAAGUGAAGAUGGCUGUGAAGUCUCUGGGCAGGGGUCAGCAACCUAAGGGCCACGGGCUGGUUCUGACCCGAAUGGGUUCUGGAUCCGGCCCACGGAAGGUCCAGAAAUCGCCUCAUGGUUCUGAUUCAUAUAGUUUGGGCUGCACCAUUUUUCUCUCUCUUUUUCUCUUCCUGACAGCGCCUCCUCCCUCCCUUCUGGCUUCUCCCCCGCCCUGCAGAGGAAGGGGGCUAGCCUUUGAUUGGUGCCAGCAGCAUUGUUUCCCUCUGAUUGGUUGCAGUUAUUUUGUUGGUUAUACUUGCAUCUAUACAAAGUGCAUAGCUUUUGCCCCUCCAUAAAGAAAUGGGGAGGAGACAAGAGCUGGAAUAGCUGACCAGAAGGAAAUGUAACCUGGGAACUUCAUGUUGCUCCCCCAGCUCCCUGAACCCAAGAAAAGACUCCUCCAGGGAGGCAGGUGAGCAUCACAACUAAACACCACAUUAUGCUCUCCGGUAGCUAAUCGCUCAGAUAGGGCUAUUUUCAUUCAGUUCUUUGUGUUUGUGUGUGGUUGGUGGUGGUUUUACCUUCCCUUCUUCCCUUGCAAUCAUGACAAAAAUGAAACCUCCACAGCAAUGCUUUUAGCCCCAGAAGAGGAGCUCCCCUUGGUGUCAAGGAAGGGGUCCAAGGGAGUGAGGAGAUUUCACCCCUCCCAUAUCCAAGAAUCUCCUGAUGAGUCUGGUGAUUUUCCAGAGAGGAGGGGCGGUGUUCUGCUCUCUACUUAUUCUGCUCCAGCACCACAUCAAAGAGUCAGUCAGUCAGUGUGUUGGAGAGAGAGAGAUUGAGUGUUAGAGAUCGUGUGUAUAGAUAAGGUUGCUGCUAAGAGCAGCUGCAGGCACUCAGUGCGGUUCAGUAUUCAUUUAUGCUUAGACCUCAUUAAGCUCUGUAUAUAGUUGUGUAUUAUAGCUGUAGAUAGAAUAAAGAAGAUAUUCUACAGAGCUGCUCUCCGAGUCGUUUAUACUCUGCUAUACUCUGCUGUGCGACGACUGUCUUCUUGUGGAAGUGAAUCUGGUGCUCACAACUCUAAGCUGUGAGUCCACAGCACUUUGACCUGUUCCUGUGCAGAAGGUGGUCUCUGGAAGUGCU